GGGGCGGACGCGGGCGGGCGCCGCCGCCGCCAUGAGCAAGGGCCCGGGGCCGGAGCCAGGCCCGGAGCCGGGCCCGGAGCCGCAGCCGCUCCGCCACGGCGACCCCGCCGAGCCGGGGCCCGCCGCCCCCGGCGGGCUCUUCGCCUGGCUGCGCGGGCGCUGCCUGGGCCGCGGGGCCGCCGUGGACCCGGCGCGGGACACGUUCGGCGCCAUGACCGGGCUCUACGGCGCCAUCCAGCCCGCCGACUCCGUGUCCCUCAGCACCCGCACGCACGGCGCCGUCUUCAACCUCGAGUACUCGCCCGACGGCUCCGUGCUGACUGUCGCCUGUGAACAGACUGAGGUCCUGCUCUUUGACCCGAUCUCCUCAAAGCACAUCAAGACUCUCUCUGAAGCUCACGAAGACUGUGUGAAUAACAUCAGGUUCCUGGAUAACCGUCUGUUCGCCACGUGCUCCGACGACACCACCAUCGCGCUGUGGGACCUGAGGAAGCUCAACAGCAAGGUGUGCACGCUGCACGGCCACACCAGCUGGGUCAAGAACAUCGAGUACGACACCAACACCAGGCUGCUGGUCACCUCGGGCUUCGACGGCAACGUCAUCAUCUGGGACACCAACAGGUGCACGGAGGAUGGGUGUCCCCACAAGAAGUUCUUCCACACCCGUUUCCUGAUGCGGAUGAGGCUGACGCCAGACUGUUCCAAAAUGCUGAUCUCCACCUCCUCUGGCUACCUUCUGAUCUUGCACGACCUCGACCUGAACAAGUCUUUGGAGGUUGGCAGCUACCCGAUCCUCCGGGCCAGGAGGACCACGUCGAGCUCAGACAUCACGUCGUCAGGCUCCUCUGGCCCUCGAGCUGUGGGCUCACCCUGCCACCAGAACAACUCGGGGCCGCCCUCUGAGAAAACCUUGUCACGGCCCUCCCAGCGAGAAGGGGGAUCACCUAGAAACAGCCUUGAGGUGUUAACACCAGAGGUUCCUGGAGAAAGAGACCGUGGCAACUGCAUCACGUCCCUGCAGCUGCACCCCAAGGGCUGGGCCACGCUGCUGCGCUGCUCCAGCAACACGGACGACCAGGAGUGGACUUGUGUCUAUGAAUUCCAGGAAGGAGCCCCGGUGCGCCCCGUGUCCCCGCGCUGCUCCCUGCGCCUGACUCACUGCAUCGAGGAGGCCAACGUGGGCCGGGGCUACAUCAAGGAGCUGUGCUUCAGCCCCGACGGCCGCAUGAUCUCGUCGCCGCACGGCUUCGGCAUCCGCCUGCUGGGCUUCGACGCGCACUGCAGCGAGCUGGUGGACUGCCUGCCGCGGGAGGCCAGCCCCCUGCGGGAGAUCCGCUCGCUCUACUCGCACAACGACGUGGUGCUCACCACCAAGUUCUCCCCCACGCACUGUCAGAUCGCCUCGGGGUGCCUUAGCGGACGCGUCUCCCUCUACCAGCCAAAGUUCUAGGCACGGCAGCGGCCCCCGCGCGUGGGCGUUGCUCCUGGGUUUUCCUCCAGCUGAGUGGAAGCGUGCUCUCUCCGAAACCUCUGAGCCCAGAGGAGGCCACGGCUGACGUGGAAGGAUUUUUCAGGCCAGCACCGUGAGGAUCCUGCGUCCAGAGCUCUGCUCCUGCUGAUCCCGUGCCGUCGGGCUGCUGUCCUGCUGUGUUUGUACCCUGAUACUUGAUUGUUUCCUUCAGCACAACUCCCGUGGGCUGCUCGGAGCAGCGCGGAGGGGCACGGUGCCCAGGUACCUCCUGUGCCACAGGAGCUGGACUGCCUCACCUCUGCUUCCUCUUGUGUCGCUGAAGCAACUCUGUGGUGAUUGGUAGAUAAUGGACUGCUUGUCUGCGUAAGCAACACGGUUAGUUACUCUCACCAAAAAAACAAACAAAACAAAAAAAACCCAAAAAAAAAAGAAAAA